UUGGCGUUCAGUGCGAGUUGGAUUGCCGUUGGCUACGUGCGACGCCGCCGUCGCCUGGUGUUUCCCGAUAUUUUAUAAUUUUUUUUUAAUUGCCGCAUCUUGCGUCGCGUUCGUGUUUCUUUGUUUUCUUGUUCGCUCGAAACUCUUUGAAUGUGAACUAUCAAAACGGUUUCUCGAUAUUUUUAGCAAGAAUAUAAAGUUCGUGUGUGACGUAUAUACAGAUAUAUAUAUUUAUACUAUAUAUGUAGUAUAUAGUGCGUGAGUGUAUAUUUAUGUGAAUAUAUCGAUGGCACCUUGAGCCACACCAUAACCACAGCCAAAAUGUGUUCAUGCUGCGACAGUACAAUAAGUGCGUAGGGAGUCAUGAGUACGCCCACGCCCACUCCGCCGGGUGCGGUUCUGGGCCAGCAGGUUCCACUGCCCCACGAACUGACCGCCGAGUGGACGGUACGAGCACAUCUUACUUUUGCCCGAGCUGGUGAGCCCGUGCAAAAGGAGUUGAGUGCUCCGGAGGCAGUGCAUCCAAUGCGCGUCGUCUACAAGUGGUGUACGCCAUGCGAUGAACCUGAAAUGGAUGUGGACAAGACAGCAGCUACAGGGGGAACCAGUUUCCGUUCCACCAACUCCUCGGCCACCACCAAUGCAGACUCUGCCUUUGGCAGUCCACAUGCUUCGAGGGCCCUAAACAAACCAUCUCUGGAAACUGAUGCUGCUCCUCCUCCUGGUGCCACUGCCCAAGUGUGUGGCACUCGCUGCCGGAGCACCUGUAACAUCAUGGUGUCCGCUGUGGCAGAUUUCUUACCCCAAGAAGGGGGCAGCGGUACAGUGAAUGAACCCUUUGUAUACCACAGCAAAGUGAGGGCCCAGCAGCUUCGGGAUGCAUUCUCCCAAACAAGUGAUACGGAGGAGCAGCCAGCAAAGAGGCGUCCAGCUUAUGAGCAACGAAGAGCCACCACCGAAGCACUGAUGAAUUUUGCCAGCAAGCGGCAGGCGGAGGAGGCUAACACCUAUGUGCCAACCUACUCGCCCACGCCCACGACACCAUCGUCUACAUUCAAAUCGGCCUCGAUGUCAAGGAUACCACCGCUAGCUGGCAACAUAAACCAAGGAGCAUCACCCAGAAUACCCAACUUGGGGGAGAAGAAACCCCGCACUGUACACAUUGAUGUGUACUGCACGGGUUCGGAGGGAGAUGAGGAGGAGGAGGCGGAUGAUGAGCGGCAAGCCGAUGAAGAGGUUUCUAGCUCCUCCGAUUCCGAGCUGGCCGGUAGCAAGCGCUAUGAACUGGACUCAAAUUCAACCCCACAAACCGUUCUGGAUAACGAGCAGAUGCUGCUGCGCCAUCAAAGAAUCUCUGGGGGAGCCAUGCCCAGGCGUUUGGCUCAAAGUCAGGCGAAAAAUAAACCAGAAAACCAACAAGACAAUCUGAAUCUGGGUCAUGCCAUUACAAAGUGCAGCACAGCCGAGGAAGUGUGCGAGUCCAAGCAGUUACUCUUCCGCAAACAUAUUGGCGAUCAGCGGGCGGCCAAGCUGGCUAAUCUACGCCAGAAAUAUAUGCGUCAGCCAAGCGAUGAAACCGUCAGUAGCACUUACCCCAACUCCUCCAGAUCUACGAUGCCAAGGGAUGCAACCUGCAGCAGCAUAUCCAGUGUCAUGGGUGGAACGGAUUGCGUGGAUUCAUCAUGGAAGGAAACAGACGACCUAGAUACACCGAUGGCAUCUUUUGGUUUAACCAAAUCCGACAGCUUUGACUAUGAGAACUCGUUGGAUCGUCUGCGCAUAAGCCAGAUGGAGCGUCUUUGGUCCCGUCAGCAUCCUUUUGAUCAGAGUCCCAUGCAAACGAACUUGGGAGCGCCAUCAGCACAUCACCUGCAAACGAUCACGGAGGUACAAUCGCAACGCAACUCCUUCCAGCGCAGCGAUACCAUCCCCUCGGAAUCGGAUGGCUUCUCGGAUGCCAAUGGAUUCAAUACCUAUUCGGGGAGGCAGUCGCAGUUGCAGCAGAUCUCGCAUUUCCCGCGUAAUCGUCCUGGUUUUCUGCAGUUCUUUGGACCUACUGGUGCACCCGGCGGUGUGGGUCAACCAACUCCACCGGCCACUGCGCCUGUUCAACCUGCUGCGGCGGCCACUACCGAUCCCUUCCGCCUUCUACAUCCGAGCUACCGAUGGAAAAGUGAGGCACGCGAUAACCUGAGUGUGCAGGUAGCCUCUGGCUCCCCCUCCUCGGAGCGUAGUUCGCCACAACUAUUGUCGGCAGCAACCACAGUGGUACGUUGUGGCAGCGAGGCGCCACCGAGCACCACUUCGGCCAGUACUUUUGGGACCACAGUAACGCCUUCGCCACUGCCGGUGCGACGUUUUGAAAUUUCACGCGACAGUCCAAGUCUUGCAAGUGAAGCUUCCACUUCCGUUUCCGGUUACACCCACGAGCAUUUGGAAAAGGCUCGCCGUUUUGGUAAUGUGGUGGCCAUGAGAAAGCCAGGUCAUCAUGUAGGCCCCACCAAGAAUCCCAAUUGCCAAUGUGAAAGCUGUCAACGUUGGUUGGCUGAGAGGUUUCAACUCCGCGGCAGAGCCUUCUCCCUGGGCGAGAAGCCCUUAAUCAGGCGGCAGUAAUAUAUAAAUCAUUGAUUAAUUUUUCUUUAUCUAAGGCUUGCAUUUAACACUUUGCUUUUCAGAUUGAUACGCUCCCAAUUAACCCAAACCCUAAAUCCGAACCCAAAGCCAACUUUCUUUCGACUAGCUGUAAGCCAUGUAAGCGAAUGUUCCUCACACAAAACACAGAUUGUGCGCUGAAUCAGUUUAAUGUUGUAAUAAAGUGAAAUUAGUUUUAAUUA